AUGUCGAGCCGAAGGUGGACUCCGACAGACGAUUACUAUGAGAUUCUGGGUCUCUCGCAAAACGGCACAGAAAACGAAAUCAAAGUUGCAUAUCGGCGACUUUCGCUUAUCGUACAUCCAGAUCGAAACAACUGGUCAUUUAUCCCUAAAGCUAGAGAAAUAGCUGAGAUUCUUAACAAUGCCAAUGAAACUCUCAUGGAUAAAACUAAACGACGUGAAUACGAU